AUGAAAUGGAAUGAAAUGAAUGGAGAUGUACGUCCUACUAUUCUGCACCAUGUAACGAUUCAGCUAACACAAUCCAAUGAAGAAAGUCGAAAGAUUACGAUUCAGCGAAUACGAGCCAGUGGAGAAGUUCUAAAGAUCACGAUUCAGCGAACACGAUCCAGUGAAGAAAGUCGAAAGAUUACGAUUCAGCGAAUACGAUCCAGUGGAGAAGUUCUAAAGAUCACGAUUCAGCGAACACGAUCCAGUGAAGAAAGUCGAAAGAUUACGAUUUCGCGAAUACGAUCCAGUGGAGAAGUUCUAAAGAUCACGAUUCAGCGAACACGAUCCAGUGAAGAAAGUCGAAAGAUUACGAUUCAGCGAACAAGAUCCAGUAGUGAAAUUCCAGAGGUUAAAUUCGCGUUCUGCGUUCUACAAAGUCUAAGGUUAAAAUUAGGUUCUAGAAGACUCAAAUUGAAAAAAGUAAAUAAGAUAAGAGAUAAAAAGGGAUAA